UUUAGGUGGUGGUUGUGGUCCCAGUUAGAUGGGAUAACCAGGCAGAGGUCAGUGGAUGGCCUUUAUGACGGCUGUAGGCUCAAAGUUCAGCGCCCAUAUUCAAUUCCUAACCAACAGCCAGGCUCCAUAACUCCCAAGUCCCAAAUGGUUUAAGAACCAGAGGUACUGCUCCACAAAGUAAACAGAAUGGCGGAGGAGGAGAGAGGCUUGAGCAUCGACCCCUACAAACACCUAAACAUCAUCCCCAACAAAGAUGGCUCGCUCACCCGCGCCACCACCACGCCCGAUGUGCCACCCAUUUGCAACGCCCAAGGCCGAGGAGAGCCCCGCGAUGGCGUCCUGUCCAAGGAUGUGCCCCUCAACCCUGCGCAAGCCACCUGGAUCCGAAUCUUCGCCCCCCAUCGACCAGAACAGCAUCAUGACCUCAAGCUCCCGGUAAUAAUAUACAUGCAUGGUGGGGGCUUCAUCUUAUGCAGCGCGGCUACUGCCCCAUUCGAUGCAUUCAACGCCACCAUGGCGCGGGAGGUGCCUGCAAUUGUCGUGUCAGUCAAUUACCGCCUAGCCCCCGAGCACCCACUCCCUGCUGCUUACGACGAUGCCCUUGAUGCCCUCCGGUUCGUGGCCGCCCAGGCCGAUCCCUGGCUCGCGGAAUUUGCCGAUCUCUCCCGAUGCUUUCUGAUGGGCAGCAGUGCAGGGGGCAACAUGGUGUACCAUGUGGCCUUGCGCGCAUUGAAUGAGGAUCUGGGUCAGGCUAAGGUGGUGGGCCUCAUAAUGAACCAGCCUUACUUCGGAGGUGCCGAGAGGACGGAGUCAGAGCUGCGACUGGCCAAUGAUCCGAUUGUGCCCUUGGCAUCAAAUGACCUUAUGUGGGAGCUGGCGCUGCCCAAGGGAGCCGACCGAGAACACGAGUUCUGCAAUCCAAUGAAGCCAUCAUCCGCGGUGGGGCGGCUGCCGAGGUGCAUGGUGUGGGGGCACGAGGGCGACCCUCUCAGCGAUCGCCAAAAGAGCUUUGCAGAGUUUCUAGAAGGAGAAAGGGUGGUGGUGGUGGCCAGGUUUUUGGAGGGCGGUUCCCACGCCGUGGAGCUGUUCGACCCGAGAAAGGCCCGGUAUCUUUUGUCCCAGGUUAAACACUUUGUGGAAUCAACCGGUGUGACUGCCAACGCCAAUAUCUAAAGGGUGCGGUUUGUAUAGAGCCUAGGCUCUAAACAAUCACAAUCAAAUCAGAGCCUACCUUCAAAUGUUGUUGUUGUUGAGAAAUGUGGUUUCAAUAUUGAAAAUAUUUGUGAUA